AUGGAUGAAUCAGAUUCCCAAUUGCCGCCUCAAGUGCCUCCCCAGGUGCCAGCGCAGAGAAUCCGCCAUUCUCGUGUUGGAUCUACUGGUCAAGUUCUACAUAGAUCUUCUACUACGAGCACGCUUCAUCAUAAUUCAUUCAAAGACUCCUUCUUUUCUAGAGUUCACUCCUUCUUCCAUCGGGAUUCGCAUAUUGGGCAUGUCGGGCAGCAUCCCCUGCGAGACAAGGAACAUGUCGAGAUCCAUACAUGGGAUGGUCCCAAUGACCCCGACAAUCCUUUCAAUUGGAGCAAGACAUACAAAUGGGUGCUAACCAUCACAAUCUGUUUCAUCUCCAUUUUGACAGGUCUACCAGCUGGGUCAUAUGGCGCCGGAAACAACUACAUGGCAGAGCGAUUUCAUGUACAGAAUGAGCCCUUCCCUAAUUUGGCCUGGGCUACUACAUCUUGGAAUAUGGGGGCAGCGUUUUGGCCUCUGAUCUUCGUCCCGCUCACAGAGUCAUCUGGGCGCAUGCCGGGGUACUUUGUAUCCUACUUUCUGCUAGUGGUCUCGCUAUUCCCAUCGGCAUUUGCGCAGAAUUUUGCGACGCUUGUUGUCACCCGCUUUUUCGGGGGUGGGGCAUCUUCUGUGUCGAUUAAUAUCGUGGGUGGGAGUAUCAGCGAUGUUUGGUAUGGCGACAGGGCCCGGAGUUUGCCAAUGUCAUUGUUCGGCUUCACGAGUGUGGUUGGAAUCGCUCUCGGGCCAUUUGUCGGUUCGGCUAUCCAACAGAUCCAUAAGAAUGAUCCCUGGAGAUGGAUAUUCUAUAUUCAAAUUAUCUACAAUGCAGCGUUGAUCCCGGUCUUUUACCUUAUCCUCCGCGAAACCCGAGCUGAUGUCAUCCUACGAAAACGCGCCAAGAAGCUUCGCUGGGAGACUGGCCGACCAAUCUACUCAGAAUCUGAACUUAAUACGACUAGUUUGUUAAAGCUAGUGCAAGUUUCGUUUGAACGACCCACGCGAAUGCUUUUAACCGAGCCUGUUGUUAUAUUUUUCACACUAUGGACAUUCAGUCACAAUUAUGGAUGGGGCACGUUUACUACCGGUCUCGUUCAACUUGCGAUUUCCGUGGGGGCCGUGAUCGGUACCGUGAUAAAUCCCCUUCAAGAUUGGAUCUAUCUCAGCUCUGCGAAACGCAACCGCGACAAUCCUGGUAGGCCGAUUCCAGAGGCUCGUCUGUACACGUCGAUUCCAGGAAGUCUUCUCUUCGCAGGGGGACUAUUUUGGUACGGCUGGGGCAGCGUGGGCAACGGCUCAAUUCACUGGAUUGUUCCCACUCUGGGUAUUGGCUGCACCGGGGUGGGAAUUUAUUCGAUAUAUAUGGCCGUGGUCAACUAUCUCACUGAUGCGUAUGAGAAAUACGCGGCAUCAGCAUUGUCGGCCGCCUCAUUGGGUCGCAAUACCUUUGGUGCCUUCCUUCCACUCGCCUCCUAUCAGCUUUUCGAGACCCUCGGUUAUGGAUGGGCAGGCUCGCUAUUGGGCUUUGUCGGCGUGGCUCUCUCGGUCGUUCCUGUAGUCCUAGUUCUCAAGGGACCUGAAAUCAGACGUCGCAGCCCAUUCAUGAGGGAGUCCAUGUUUGACCCAGAACACUUAGAGGACAGUACCAGUUUGGAGGGGGCCAUUUCCGAGGUGGAUCAGAAGCCGGAGGAGGCGGAAGUAUAA